CCCCUAUAUACAUUACCACCAAACCCCAAUUAAUUAAUCAAACCACAUAGCAAUAAUCGCCAUUAGUUAACAUCGAUCGUCGACGUUGACCCAUCAUCAUCUCUCUCUCCAUCUCUAGACUUCCCAUCCCACAAAGCACCAUCAUCACCAACAACAACAACCCUCUGUUUUUCUUCCACCAAAAAUCCUCUGUUUUUCCUCUGUUUUUUUCCCUCUGUCUUUCCGCCGUCGCCAUGGACAGGGAGCAAGAAGAGAUGCAGUUCCUGGGGAUGUUCGGAGUGUACAAGGAAUCCUACAAGAUCAUCAUCGCGUGGCGCAGAAUCUUCUCCCAGAUCACCCUCUCUUUGAUCCUCCCCCUGGCUCUCGUCUUCUUGGCCGAGAAAGAAUUCUCCAACCUCCUCCUCUCCAACAUAAUCCGGUCGGAAAUCCAGCUGGACAUGACCCCGGCCGGCGCCAACUCUCGCCGGUCGAAGAUCCACGGCGUGCUCACCUCCGAGUGGACCUACUUCUGGUUGCUGAAGGCGGCCUACUUCACUUUCCUUCUCAUCUUCUCGCUGCUCUCCACCGCCGCCGUCGUCUUCACCGUCGCCUCGCUGUACACCUCCCGCCGCGACCUCUCCUUCCGAAAGGUGAUAACCGUGGUGGUACCAAAAGUGUGGAAGCGCCUGAUCCUAACUUUCCUAUGCUACUUCCUCUUCAUCUUCGCCUACAACUUCGUCGCCUUCCUCCUCUUCGUCGUCACCGUCGUCACCCUCGCCACCGCUCCCGUCGGCGACUACGUCUUCCCGAUCCUCCUCGUCCUCUACUUCGCCGGCUUCCUCUACGCCACCGUCGUCUGGCAGCUCGCCAGCGUCAUCUCCGUCCUCGAAGAGGACGCCCGCGGCUUCCGGGCAAUGUCUAAAAGCCGCGCCCUCAUGAAGGGCAAGACGUGGCUCGCCGUCCUCAUCUUCUUCAAGCUCAACUUCACGUUCGGCGCCAUUCAGGUGAUGUUCGACCGGUUCGUGGUCCACCACCGGUCGAACCUCGGUCCGACCGGUCGGGCCGCGGUGGGUGUUGUUUCGCUGUUGUUGCUGCUGAAGGUGUUCUUGUUCGGGCUGGUGGUUCAGACCGUCUUGUACUUCGUGUGCAAGUCGUAUCACCACGAGAGUAUUGACAAGUCGGCGCUUUCGGAGCAUUUGGAAGGGUAUCUCGGGGAUUACGUGCCGUUGAAGUCGAAGGAUGUUCAGAUGGAACAAUAUCUGGAGGAGGACGACGAGAAUGUUGAUGUUCAUGGGCGUGUUUGACUGGGUUGAACGGUGAUUUGGAUUUUGGGUUUGGUUUGGUUAAUUAAUAAUUGAUUACACAAUGAAAAUUAAUUUAAUUAUCUAUAUUUAUACACACCUAUAGGGAAAUUGUUCGUAUUAGUGAAAGGAUUGACAACAUCGAUAAAUUAAUCGAUAUGAACUUUUCAAAAAUGAUUUGUUGCUUUCUCAGGACCCUAUUAGUUUAUGGCGGUAAAUUACAAGUUCUGGAUGGAUUUGUUCAUUUGUGUGUGAUCGAUGGAGUUUUUGAGGGAGUGGGGCUUUGUUUUCUAAGAUAGAUGAACGAAGAUUAGAUGAUGAUUUGGUCGCUUUCAUUGUGCGGGAAUUAACGUGUUGGUGAAGUCGCCUGGGAAUUAAUUAAUCG